GGGCGUGAAGCUGGUGAAUGUGGGAGAAGCGCUGCUGCUGCUCAGCCUGCUGUUGUUGUUUCUCUACAGCUUCCCAAUGAACCAUUAGAUUACGUAGUGUGUCCGUUUCAUGCUCACUUCGAGUAAAGAAAACAACGAGCAUCGGGAUCGCCUGUUAAAUAUGGAUUUUGUUAAAUUUCGUUCCGUUUUCCUCUCUCUCGUGUGGUCACACGCUGCGUUGGCCUACGUGGAGCCGCCGACCAACGUGACCCUGGACUGCCACAAUAUGAACAACGUUCUGAGGUGGAGUUACAAGCAGCUCUCACCAGGGCUACGAUUCAAAAUCAGUAUUGGAUCAACAGAAGCCAACAAAGGUUAUCCUCAGGAGAUUUGGGUGAAGCCGCCAGCUCCACUACAAUUAGACGUGUCCUCUCUCUCUGAUCCAAAAACUGAUUACCUUCUUGACGUGACUGCCGUGAUUGGACAGAAUGAGUCAGAUGUUGCUCCUUCUGAAGGAAUCGAUUUCAGCUAUUUCAUGGACUCUCCAGCAACGAAGAUAUGUAAUGUGGACUUCCCAUCAGUUAACGUCACCUCCCAACACGAGGGCACUGUCCUGUUCCGCUUCACACAUCCCUCGCUGGUGUACCUCCAAAAGUUGCCAAGCAGUCUAACUACAAAAACAAGGAGGAAGAAAAGCCAUCUCUCUGUAUUUUAUUACGAUGUUGUGAUCAUCAACCAGACGGAGCACGCGUUUUCCUGUGAGACGAGUGUGUGUGAGGAGCAUAUUUCAGUGGAUGCUGCACAGACGAAGCACUGUCUGAAGAUGAGCGGAGAGCUGGAGAAGAUAUCAGUUCAAGCCACACAAGAGUACUGCCUCCUGCCACCAGAAGAAACACCAAGCUAUCACAUCCCCCUCAUCAUCGCUGGCAGCGUGUUGGCAGCCUUACUUGUGUUUGGUUUUGUCUUCUACAUGGUGUACCAAAAACAGACCACGCCGACUACUUCUUUACCAACGUCUGUGACGUUCCCGACUAAACUGAUCCAGGUGAUCUCGGAAGCGGUUCACGAGACGUUCUUUGUGCCAGAAGUGGGGCCUACCUCACCCACACCUCUACUUUCAGCAGAGGAGGAAGAACUUACAACUUGUGUUCCCCCCUCUACUGAGCCCGAGCUCCGUCUGCCGCUCGGGAUGUUAACCGAGGAUGAAGGUGUGUCUGAUGACGUGGGGGUAGGGACUAAUAAGGAACCUGGGUACAUGGCAGGCAACGACCUGGAAGAAGAUGAGGCGCUAUACCCCAGUGAGGUCCCCACUGGUUACGAGAAACGCCCGGUGUUUGAUACGUUGGCACCAGAUGAAGUGACGGAGGGUUACCGUGGCUGAAGGUGGAACCUCUGAACAUUGUGGCUCAUUGAACGUUUGACAGUAGGUCAAAUAUGACUGAACAGCGACUUGCAGUCUUGAUUAUAAAUCUCUGGUGGUUUGGUUUGUGUCGUUUCCUUGACAAAUUGUCUCAAUGCCAGCUUAAAGCAGAAUAAGAGACAUCCCUCUUGUGAGGGCAGCUUCACAUCAGUUACAUUUUUCUUUCUAUUUACAGGAAUCUUUCAAAGCAGCACAACAAAGCAGCCUUUGUGAAAUAUGUUCCUGAAAAGCAAUCGCAACUACAGUUGCAUCAGUCGGAUGUCCUUGACGUUGUAAAAUAAGUGCCAAAUCAGAUCAGUCAGCAGCAUGUUAGCAGCAUAAUGAUAGAUAGUGAUGUUGUCCAUUUAUUAUGUUUUUAAUUUCUGAUAAUUGUGUUUCAUCCUUUGCAGCCUGUGCUCAAUUCCGCUGCCGCGACAAACAGAUCAUCCCUAACACUGCUAGUAGCCGAGAAAUCGCUUUUAUAUUAUCGUGAUUGAUUAAGUCAGCUUUAUCACUCACAGAAUCCCACACGACGACUCAAAGGGACUUAACUGUCCUGCAUCUCCUGUAAGCCGUACUGAAAUACUAACCAGUGAUAACAUUUACAUACUGUUUCAUAAACAUCUGUUAAUCAUGCAUUAUCAUCUAUUUGCCUGUGAUGCAUGCACACAAGCAUGACUAUACAAUACUGUAAUCUCUGUGGAAUACUGAGAAUUUCAUUUUUGCUUAUUUGCACUAGUGCGUUUUCUACAUGAGUCGAAUCCUUUUGUUUUGUCGUUAGGCUGGUAGCACCUUAAAGUUGCAGUGAACCGGACGUUCUUUAACUUCUAUAAUGUGACCUUUUUCUUAGUAAAAUGUAAUAUUUGGUCUGGGUGUCGUUGACAGUGAGUGUGGCUUAACAAAUACAGAGCUUCCUAUUUACGCGUCCUUUUCCUGCUGGUAGAUCAGGAGGAGGAGAACGAGGGAGAAAUGAAUCAAUUCUUCAAUCACUUAAUGCCAAACACGUUUCCUCCUGUAUGGUAUCGCUCUGCGGAAGGUUGGGGGGGGGGGGGGAUAAAAAUCACGCUGGGGGACAACGGGAUGGAAAAUGUAUUUUACGUGUCACUCAGCCUUUAAAUCCAUUGAAGCAGUUUGAGGACUGCAAAUACGUUGCUCAUGAGCUGCGAUCUUGCACCAGUGAAGUGAUGUUUACAUUACACAAUCUGUUAGACUUUGUGUUGUGCCUUGUGUCCGUGCUUCAUAGUCAGUUUUUGAGUCACUUCAUGUUUUGUAUGUAACUUUUUUUUGUUUUCAGUAACUUAAAACAUACAGAUGUUAAGUUAAAGGGUCGAUCUGUUUAUACUCACUGCUGAAUACAGAGUCUGGCAGGAAGUAAACCCACGACACAUUUUAAGUGAUACUGACAAUGAAAAGGGGAAUUGGUUCUUUUAUUUGUACAUUUUUCGGUCCACCAAUUUCAAAUUGGAAAGGACUGAUUUAAUUUCCAUCCGUAGUGAUUGUCUGAGCGUGGUGAUGUUUGAAUGUGUUGAUGGAUUUGGAUACCUAGCUGUUUAUUAUCCCUUCUCAGUAUCUAUAUGAUCUCUCUGCAUCUGUCCACAUAAUGUUUCCCUUUGUGUCUGCAAACUACUGUUUGUCUUCUGUCAUUUUUGUAGCGUUACAUAUUUUCAGUAAAAAAUAAGAUAAAGGUAUUUCGCAGCCCUUUUCUGUUUGUAUCUCUAAAUUGAGGGAUUUUGAAUGUAUCUGAUAAACUGAAGCAUCAAGUGUUCCUUUAUGUGUUGAGAACGUUCUCCUACAUCUAAAGCAAAAUAAAGUCGUUUUUAUUUUUAAA